AAAGUUCAGUUUCUUGUGUCUCAAUGUUUUCUUUUUGUUGAUCGAAAAUGAAUUUAUUGAUUUAUCUGUAAUUUUGUGUUCUUUUUUUUUAAAUAUAAAUUUAUUGUAUUUAGCUAAUCAAUAAUAAUUUAUUAAUCUCUCUGUUGAUGUUAAUUUUUUAAUAAAAAUGCUUGUUAAAUUGAUUGAGGUGCCGGUGCCGAGUAAGAAUCAUCCAGGUUAUACAAUUUUUGUAAAAAGUCAUUUAUGCAAAUUAAUUGCUGUUUUACUACUAUUGUUAAUGUUAUCUUCAUCAAAUGUAAAUAAUAGUGCCUCAGAGACAAUAUUUCCAUUGAUUAACAACUAUGGUUCCUCAACAAUCAACAUUUCUAGUCAAAAAAAUCACCAUCAACAACAUUCACAACAACAUUCCCAACAACCACAAUCACAACCACAACCACCACAACAACAACAACAACAUCAACAAGAGCAGCAAUUACAGCAUCAUCAAGAUCAUCAACAACUUUGUCCUUUAAUCCCUCCUAAAUUGGUUGGCCGUUUGAAGGUUAUGACCGAGAUUAAAGAUUGGACUGAAUUGGAAGAUGAAUUACCAAACAUUGAACCAGGUGGAUGUUUUCACGUUAAAAAUUGUACAGCUCGUCAAAAAGUUGCCAUCAUAGUACCAUAUCGUGAUAGAGAGCUCCAUCUACGAAUAUUAAUUCAUAAUCUCCAUCCUAUGUUACAACGUCAGCAAAUAGACUAUUGUAUCUUUAUCAUAGAACAGAUGAAAGAUACGAGAUUCAAUAGAGCCAAAUUGUUUAAUAUUGGAUUUGUUGAAGCAUCAAAACAACAAGAUUAUGAUUGCUUUAUUUUCCAUGAUGUUGAUUUGGUUCCUGAAGAUGAUAGGAAUCUCUAUAGAUGUGCUGAACAACCAAGACAUAUGUCAGUUGCUAUCAAUACGAUGAAGUACAAACUUCCUUACAAUGGUAUCUUUGGUGGUGUCAGUGCUCUUUCAAAGAGUCAAAUGAAUGUUCUCAAUGGGUUUUCAAAUGAAUAUUGGGGUUGGGGUGGUGAAGAUGAUGACAUGUCUCAUCGUAUUAGUUUUCAUGGAUUCCGAAUAACCCGUUACCCUGAAACAAUUGCUCGAUACUCAAUGUUAAGGCAUCGAAAAGAAACACCAAAUCCUGACAGAUACAAAAAACUAUACUCAGCUAAACGACGAUUCAGAACCGAUGGAUUGAGUAGCCUUAAAUACAAAAAACUUGAUACCAUCUAUCAGAAACUUUACACUUGGAUACUCGUUGAUGCCCUACAACCCAAAAAAUAAUUGGUGAUGAUAAUCACUUCUCAAUAAUAUCUAAAUCAAGCAAAAGGCAAAGAAAAAGUUUAUAUACACAAAUAUAUAUAAAUAUAUAAAUAAUAUAAAUAUUAAUAUGCAUAAGAUGUUUAUGUACAUGUAAUUUAACAUGUAAUUAAUAAGAGAAACAUUGAUAAUUGAUAAUUAGUAUUAUUAUAAUAAUUAA